CGUUUCUUUCCAUAAUGCUUGCCCAAACGCCCCGCUAGGUUCACAGUUCGCUAACAAGCUUGGGAACACCAGAUCGGAAGACGGAAGACGGAAAACGGAGAGGUAAAGUCGCAGAGCGGAUUAGAUCAAUUCAACGCAGAGCAAAGAUGUCAAGCGCUUGGACAAAUUUGAGCUUUGGAAUCAUACAUAGGGAUGUAGAUGGGGAGUGGGAGAAAUCAGGGUGGAGUUGUGGGUAUUUAUAUAUAAUUGGAGGUUCUUGCUCACUCUCAGAAGAUCUAUGCAUCUGCAAAAUCUUAGAGAGGAUAAAGAGAUCAAAUUUUAUAUCAAAUAAAUUAUAGCUGUGGAGCAUCUUGGAGCAUUUUAAGCAGUCGAGCUUGUGGAGCACCGCUCACUUCAAGGAUUGCUCUCUUGCGCAACUUCUAUUCACUUAGCAGCCUCUCCGGUUCUGAAAAUGAGUGGUCGCUUUUCUCGCACAAUAUAUGUUGGAAACCUGCCCGCAGAUAUAAAAGAAUGGGAACUUGAAGAUCUAUUUUACAAGUAUGGCCGUAUAUUGGAUAUUGAAUUGAAGGUUCCACCCCAUCCUCCAUGUUACUGUUUUGUGGAGUUUGAGAACUCUCGGGAUGCUGAAGAUGCAAUCAGGGGUCGAGAUGGCUAUAACUUUGAUGGUUGUCGUUUAAGGGUUGAGCUUGCGCAUGGUGGCAGAGGGCAAUCAUCUUCAAGUGAUCGUCGUGGUGGCUAUGGUGGCCGCGGUGGUGCCAGUGGGGCGCGUUUUGGCAUUUCACACCAUUCUGAAUUUAGAGUUGUUGUUCGAGGGCUUCCUUCAUCUGCUUCUUGGCAAGAUUUGAAGGAUCAUAUGCGAAAAGCUGGUGAUGUGUGUUUUGCUGAAGUUUCCCGGGACAGUGAGGGAACCUUUGGGCUUGUUGAUUAUACUAAUUAUGAGGACAUGAAGUAUGCUAUUCGGAAACUUGAUGAUACCGAAUUUAAAAAUCCAUGGGCAAGAAGUUAUAUCCGGGUGAAGAAGUUUGAGAGAAGUCCAUCCAGGAGUCGAAGUAGGAGCCGCAGUAGAAGCAGAAGUUUAAGAAGGAAUAGGAGCAAAUCAUUGGAUCGGUCUGCUUCUAGAUCACCAUCAAAAUCUAGAUCAGCAUCUCCUGUCAAGCCCUCCAGACCGAGAGACAGGUCACGGUCAGCAUCUCCCCGCAAGGUGCGAUCGGGUAGUGGUUGAUUCCGUUGCAACCUGAGUUGAACUUUUUAAUUCCUGCUUGGAUGGGAAUGCUUUGCUUCAUGUUUUAAGACAUCUUAGUGGACUAAUGGCUGGAAAAUGUCAUUUUAAAUGAAUUAGAACUUUGUAUGGCCAGAUAAUAUUUAUCAUAUGCUUUAUGGAUUUGUGGUUUUAUUUUUUUGCAA